GUUGUGGUAAGUUACCUUACACCCCUUGGCUAGUAUGAGGCUGACAUACCCAAUAGGUUGGUGGCUCGAUAGCUGGGCUUAUGCAUGCCGUGGCGCUCAAGUCUCAUGGCCACAGCGUUGUCGUUCUUGAGAUGCGAACUGAACAGCAGCUACAAGCCCGAGCUGCAGGCUUGAGUCUAUGGUCAAACGCACAGAAAGUGUUCACAACAUACUUACCUGAUGUUGAGCUUGACGAUAUCGUUUUCCGCAACCCCGCAUUUCCAAUCCUUGACAAGGAUGGUAAGGCCUUGGUUGAAGUGCCGUUCACGGAAGACGUGCGCACCUCGUGCUGGGCUGGUCUUCACGGUCUGCUAAGGAUGGCCUGCGAGAAAGACGUCGACGGCCAUGGGCCUGUCACCAUGCGGUGUGGAUACCAGGUAUGCGGGCUGGCUGAGCAAGCUGACCACCUCGUGGUAGCGUACAAAGGCGAAGAUGGCGUUGAGGAACAGAUGACGGCAGACAUUAUCGUGGCGGCCGAUGGUGCACGAUCCCAUCUCCGUAGUCUUGUGCUUCCUGAUGUGAAGACCGAUUAUGUUGGCUAUGUGGCGUGGAGGUCACAGUUUCCAGAAAACGAUGCGCCUGAGGAGCUGCGCUGCGCGAUAGACGGAAAGAUGCCUCUUUGCAUGCUCGAUGGAAGCUACAUAGUGGUCUAUCUAUCGCCUAGUACUAUCGGAGACAUGCGCCCCGGGAAUCGUGUGAUCGAAUGGUGCUGGUAUGACGCCUGCGACGCUUCAACACCCGUAUUUGCAGAUUACAUGACCGACGUUAAUGGUGUCCGACAUAACGUCACCGUACCCGGGAACCUGUUGCGCCCAGACAUCUGGGAGGCGCAGCUCCGGCGAAGAGACGAAGUACUGUCCCCAAUGUGGAGGAAGAUCUUCCAUGAGUCAAGCAUGCCGCUUCUCACAGCCGUUUGUUCGUUUGACAAUACAAAAGCUUCGUUCUUCGGAGGCAAGUUACUGCUGGCAGGCGAGGCGCUCAUUCAGCUUCGCCCACAUCUUGGGGCAAGCUGCGAUAUUGCAGGGUUAUCGGCGAUUACAUUGCCGCAGGUUCUGGGCGGAGAAAUGAGUCUGGAAGAAUGGGAAAAGAAAGUCGGUAAGCACGCCAUGGAAAAAGCGAUCGGAAGCAGGGCCACUGGAGUCUUUGGCAUGACGGGACAAUGGCCGGAAGGCUAUGCAGCAGAGUCUGCGGCAAAAUUCUCUGAAGAGGUGAUGGUUUGAAGGGGUGAAGCUUGCCGUGUGAAGGGAAGAAGACAAGGGGGCGAUGACGUAGGAGAUGCUCAGAUGUUGGCCCCGGCACUAGCGAACGGCCUAAUCGAAUUCAGUUG